AUGGAGAAAAGGGGCAAACGAGCAGGAGGCUCACCUGAUGAACAUCUACGGAACCGUGAAGCAGUGAUUGGAACGUCUACGGAGCAUCGUCUCCGCUGCGGCGGUGACCGUCGUCGUCCCUCGGAGGGUCCCCGGAGGGUCGGUGUCUCCAGGAGGGUCGCAGCCGCCGCGAGGGUCGGCCCAGGAGAUGCGGCGACGAUGAACGCACCGGUGCAUUUAAGCAGCGAUCCG